AUGUCAUCCUCCGAUAAACACCUCGAAAAGGACGAGAGGGAGAACCGCGACACUCUUGCCGUUCCCCAGAUCAAUCUCCAUGAAGCCAGUAGCUCAGAGACUCUGAAUGCUCCUCGUACUCCUCCAGUUUCGUCCCUCGACGAAUUUGGAAAAGAUCAUUGGAAAAGCCACGAGACACUCGCGCUGCCCGUUACACGCACCGGCUCACCCGCCGGAAAAAAUACAGAAUGGAUUAUGACACCGCAAGUGAUUCGAAACGCAGAGCGUGACGAAGCCGCAGGUUUCAAACGACGCGAGCUUGGAGUGACCUGGCAGAACCUGUCUGUGGAGGUUCUCGCCGCUGAAGCAGCAGUGAAAGAGAACAUGAUCUCUCAAUUCAAUGUUCCUCAACUCAUUCAGGACGUACGUCGAAAACCACAACUGAAAUCAAUAUUGUCGGAGAGUCAUGGCUGUGUCAAGCCUGGGGAGAUGCUGCUUGUCUUGGGUCGGCCAGGUUCCGGAUGUACCACGCUGCUAAAGAUGCUUUCCAAUCGUCGUGAAGGAUACCAUGGCAUCAAUGGCGACGUACACUUUGGAAACAUGACAUCUGAAGAAGCGCUUAAGUACCAUGGUCAGAUUGUGAUGAACACAGAAGAAGAGUUGUUUUAUCCUCGAUUAACUGUCGGCCAGACGAUGGAUUUCGCAACCAAGCUCAAAGUACCUUCCCACCUUCCUGAUGGGGCCAAGAGAGUUGACGACUAUACUUCCGAGACUAAGCGAUUUCUUCUGGAGUCCAUGGGUAUUUCGCAUACUGCCGAUACCAAAGUCGGGAAUGAAUUUGUUCGUGGAGUGUCUGGUGGGGAAAGAAAGCGAGUGUCUAUUAUUGAGUGCCUCGCAACCAAAGCCUCUGUCUACUGCUGGGACAACAGCACCCGCGGUUUGGACGCCAGUACAGCAUUAGAAUGGGCAAAGGCUCUGCGCGCUAUGACUGACGUUCAAGGCCUCUCCACUAUCGUCACACUCUACCAAGCUGGAAACGCCAUCUAUAACCUAUUUGAUAAGGUCCUUGUCCUUGAUCAGGGUAAGCAGAUCUACUAUGGGCCUGCAGUGGAAGCAAAGCCAUUUAUGGAGAAGCUAGGUCUGAUGUAUACUGAUGGAGCUAACAUUGGUGACUUUCUGACUGGUGUGACUGUUCCGACCGAGCGAAAGGUCAGACCUGGUUGGGAAAGCAAAUUUCCUCGAACCGCCGACGCCAUUCUAGCGGAGUAUAAAAAUUCCGAGAUAUACAAAAAGGAAAUCACGGCAUACAACUAUUUCAGCAGUGAUAUCGCUUCUCAGCGCACGGAAGCAUUCAAAGAAUCUGUGGCCUGGGAAAAGUCCAAUCACUUACCCAAGGGUAGUGACCUGACUAUCAGUUUCUGGGGCCAAGUCAUUUCUUGUACCCGAAGACAGUAUCAGAUUCUGUGGGGUGAAAAGUCUACUUUCUUGAUCAAGCAGAUUCUGUCUUGUGUGAUGGCUUUGAUUGCUGGUUCUUGCUUCUAUAACUCCCCGGACACGUCAGCUGGUCUUUUCACUAAGGGCGGCGCCAUCUUCUUCUCGUUGUUGUAUAACUGCAUUGUUGCUAUGUCUGAAGUCACUGAAUCCUUCAAGGGACGUCCUAUUCUCAUCAAGCACAAGGGCUUUGCCAUGUACCAUCCAGCUGCAUUCUGUCUGGCUCAAAUUACAGCGGAUUUCCCAGUGCUGUUGUUCCAAUGUUCAAUCUUCUCGGUUGUGAUCUACUGGAUGGUUGGAUUGAAACACACCGCGGAUGCAUUCUUCACCUUCUGGGCUAUUCUUUUCACCACAACCUUGUGCAUUACUGCCUUGUUCAGAUGCAUUGGAGCCGCAUUCAGUACCUUUGAAGCUGCUUCCAAAAUCUCAGGAACCGCCGUCAAGGGUAUUGUGAUGUAUGCAGGUUACAUGAUCCCCAAGCCCGAAAUCAAAAAUUGGUUUGUUGAAUUAUACUAUACAAACCCAUUUGCAUAUGCCUUUCAGGCUGCGAUGACCAAUGAAUUCCAUGGCCAGCAAAUCGAUUGUGUUGGUGGAAACCUGAUCCCACAUGGCCCGGGCUAUGAAAAUGUCGGAUCUGCCCACAGAGCCUGUGCAGGUAUUAAUGGUGCUAAAACAGGUGCUGAUUAUGUCACCGGUGAUCAGUAUCUCGGAUCCCUUCAUUAUCAUGCCUCCCAAAUGUGGCGAAAUUACGGUAUACUCUGGGCAUGGUGGGGAUUUUUGGCAGUCCUGACUAUCAUCUUCACCUGCUGUUGGAAAGGUGGAGCUGGCUCUGGAUCGUCCCUUCUCAUCCCUCGUGAGAGUUUGAAAAAGCACCAAGCGCACAACGAUGAAGAAGCCCAAGUGAACAAAGGUUGUUUAGCCCAGACGACUGCAGAUGUGCCCGUCGAGGUCAACGGUGAGAACCUUGUUCGCAACACGUCGAUCUUCACCUGGAAGAAUCUCACAUACACAGUCAAAACCCCCACUGGGGAUCGUGUUCUGCUGGAUAACAUCCAUGGAUGGGUUAGGCCUGGAAUGCUUGGCGCCUUGAUGGGUUCAUCCGGUGCGGGCAAAACGACGCUACUGGACGUGCUCGCCCAACGCAAAACAGAGGGUACCAUCAAUGGCUCAAUUCUGGUUGAUGGUAGACCUCUGCCCGUUUCAUUUCAAAGAAUGGCUGGUUAUUGUGAACAGCUCGAUGUUCAUGAGCCUUACGCGACCGUGAGAGAGGCUCUACAAUUCUCUGCUCUUCUACGCCAGUCCCGCGAUACCCCCAAGGAACAGAAGCUCCAGUACGUUGAGACUAUCAUUGAUCUCCUUGAGCUCCAUGACCUCGCAGAUACGCUGGUAGGAUCUGUGGGUAACGGACUUAGUGUUGAGCAAAGAAAGCGAGUGACUAUUGGGGUGGAGUUAGUCUCAAAACCUAGCAUUCUUAUCUUCUUGGAUGAACCUACAUCUGGAUUGGAUGGUCAAUCAGCCUACAAUACAGUUCGGUUUCUUAGAAAGCUUGCCGACGUUGGUCAAGCAGUGCUCGUCACCAUUCAUCAGCCAUCUGCACAGCUUUUCGCUCAGUUCGAUACUCUUCUCCUCCUAGCCAAAGGCGGCAAAACGGUUUACUUUGGAGAUAUUGGAGAAAAUGGAGCCACAAUCAAGCGUUAUUUUGGUAAAUACGGGGCCCAAUGUCCCACGGAAGCCAAUCCAGCCGAGUUCAUGAUUGACGUGGUUACCGGGGGUAUUGAGGCUGCUAAGGAUAAGGACUGGCAUCAGAUCUGGCUCGAAUCUCCGGAGCAGCACGCAAUGAUUACCGAACUUGAUCAAAUGAUUGACGAUGCGGCAAGCAGGCCACCAGGAACUGUUUCCGAUGGAUAUGAAUUCUCGAUGCCCUUAUGGGAGCAGACCAAGAUCGUUACUCAGCGAAUGAAUAUCGCACUCUUCCGGAAUACAAACUACAUCAACAACAAGUUCUCUUUGCAUAUUAUUUCCGCUCUCUUGAAUGGCUUCUCCUUCUGGCGCCCCGGUGAGAGUGUGACAGCUUUGAACCUGAAAAUGUUCACCAUUUUCAAUUUUGUCUUUGUCGCACCUGGUGUCAUUAAUCAACUACAACCGUUGUUCAUCCAGCGCCGCGAUAUCUAUGAUGCCCGCGAAAAGAAAUCCAAGAUGUACUCCUGGGUUGCAUUCGUCACAGGACUGAUCGUGUCCGAGUUCCCAUAUCUCUGCAUUUGCGCAGUCCUCUAUUUCGCCUGCUGGUAUUAUCCUGUUUGGACACUCCCUCACAACUCGAACCGAUCCGGUGCCACUUUCUUCAUUAUGUUGAUUUACGAGUUCAUCUAUACUGGGAUCGGCCAGUUCAUUGCUGCCUAUGCCCCAAAUCCGACUUUCGCUGCGCUCGUGAAUCCUCUGGUCAUCAGCAUCCUGGUCCUCUUUUGUGGCGUUUUCGUUCCAUACACGGAGCUCAACGUCUUCUGGAAAUACUGGAUGUAUUACCUCAACCCAUUCAAUUACGUGGUCUCUGGGAUGUUGACAUUCAGUCUCUGGGAUGCCAAGAUCACCUGUCAGGAGUCUGAACUGGCGGUGUUCGAUCCGACGAAUGGUACCUGUGCUCAGUACUUAUCUGAUUAUAUUGCUGGUGAGGGCUGGAGGGUGAACCUUCUUAACCCAAAUGCUACCACCGGCUGCAAAGUGUGUGAGUACACUGAUGGCAGUGAUUUUUUGUCGACCCUUAACAUCAAUGAUUAUUAUUUUGGAUGGAGAGAUGCUGCGAUCUCAGUCAUUUAUGCCAUCAGUGGAUAUGCGUUGGUUUUCGGUUUGAUGAAGUUGCGGACGAAGGCUUCAAAACAGGCGAAAUAG